UGUCAGUGCGAGUCCUCGUUCAGGAAGCUGAUGGACUCGCUGUGCUGGCUGCUCAGAGCUCACGCUGCGCUCACCUCUCAGGUCCUCAGCUCCGUCCACUAUGAGCAGAUCCAGAUGUGUGAGGACGUCGGUGUGUCUCUGCUGUGUGUCCAGAUGUGGAUUCAAACCUGCACAGCCAGCAGGGACUUCCUGUCCGGGCUGAGCGACGACUCCGUCCUGCUGCUCCUCAAUGAGGCCGUCGGCCAAUUAGCAGUCAGCGGCGACUCCUCGGUGGGCGGGGCCUCAGUCAGACUGAUCCUCCUGAUGGCCAAUCAGCAGAAGGCGCGGCUGCGGCCCCUCCUCCUCCAUUUCAGAGGUCUCGACAGCCUAUUGGACAAAGACUGGAGGGGGCGGGGCUUUGACCAGGACUUGGAUCAGCUGAUUGCGCUCAUCCGCUCUGACGGGACGUCUCAGGUGUGUGCUGAGCGUGUGCGGGCGGCGUGCGUGAUCCAGGCGGCAUGGAGGUCGUAUCGGACCCGACGCCGGGUGAGGAGCCUGAACCGAGCGGUCAGCACGCUGCAGAGGAGAUACAGGGCGCGGCGGAGGCAGCAGCAGCAGCAGGAGGAGCGGCAGCGAUGGGAGGAGGAGCUGAAGUACCAGGUGUGUGUGCGGCGUCAGCAGGCGAGGAGGGACUUCCACCAGAAACAGCGGCUGCUGCUGCGCCUCCUCCCUGCAGACCAGGUGCAGUCGUACCUGCAGGAGUGCGAGCGCCGUGCCGCCGUGGUGAUCCAGAGCGUCUGGAGAGGCUUCAGAGAGAGACGACGCUACGACGACGACACACGGAGACACACACGCAGACAGCAGCAGGCCGCCAGGACGCUGCAGAGAGCAGUGCGUCGUUUUCUGCAGAAAUGCAGAGCAGCGAAGGUCCCGCCCACCACAUCCUUCUGGAUUGGUCAGAGCGGUUUGACGGACAGCCGGAGGGCGGAGCUAAAGAGACAGGUGGACAAACACGUCUCCCUGCAUCCUUCGUCCCGUGUGUCCCAUGAGGAGUGCAAGCGUCUCCACGAGGAGGUGCAGCUGCUGCUGCUGUCGGAGCUGCAGAGAGGAGACCAGAGGAGGAGGGAGGAGCAGAGGGUGGAGGCUCUGCUGGCUCACACACACACACAGCUGGAGCUGCUGCGAG